CUCGCACGUGCUCGACGACGCCAGGCAGCGGUCGGUCGGUAGUCAGUCACUCUCUCUCUCUUACCCUCUCUUUCUCUCUUUCUCUCUUGUUUCAUCGUGGAUUUUUCGAGGCGUCCGUUACGAGGAGAAGCUUCGGAGAGCGAUCUUCGUUUUCUGCUCUGUCUCCUCUGCUGUUUCUUCGCUCUAAUUGUACUGCUGCUUCAUUCGGCGAACACUUUGAUCGAGGCGUACAUCGGCAGGUGCGAGGCGUGCGAUCGCGCCUGGACAAAUAGAUACGGAUAAAUUCUUGCCGAUUCGAUUAUAGUUUUUGUAUAUUAAUAUAUAAGUGAAAGAGGAAAAAAAUCGUGUCCCCGCUGGAGAGGAGUAAUGGGAGGAUAAUUUUUCACGUUCCGCGAGGAUGACUUCGAUGGACGAGGUGAAAAACUACGACGAGGAGGAAGCGGAGGACGACGGCAACGACGAUCAUCAUCAUCGUCAUCAUCAUCGUAGUCGUAGUCACGCAGCUGCAGCCGUCACGAGUCGUCGGGUCUUCUUCGAGGCGCGGUCGAAUCGUUGAAAUAAUAUGCUGGAGAUGCUCUCUUAUCUCAAUCGUAAAGAGUGCUAUGGGUGGGGAGCAAACAUGGUGGUCAUGGGGUUCGCAGACCCGCAGCACGUCGAUCAACGCGACUUGGCCGACGUGGAACGAUUCGUCGUCGACGGAGUAUCCCAUUGCCUUCAACUUCAGCGGCGGCGACGGUGGCAACGGUUCGACUUGGCCGGAAGACGACGUCAGCAUCGAGACCCUGGGCGACUACGAUCUACUCGUCACCGUGCUCAUAGCCAUCCUCCUGAGCUUUCUCAUCAUCGCCACGAUAAUUGGUAACGUGUUCGUUAUCGCGGCCAUACUGCUCGAGCGCAACUUGCAGAGCGUGGCGAAUUAUCUGAUACUGUCGCUGGCCGUGGCCGAUCUCCUCGUCGCCUGUCUCGUCAUGCCUUUGGGAGCUCUGUACGAGGUGGCCCAUGAAUGGGCUCUCGGUCCGAAGUUAUGUGACAUGUGGACCAGCAGUGAUGUAUUAUGCUGCACUGCAUCCAUUCUGCAUCUCGUCGCCAUUGCCCUCGACAGGUACUGGGCCGUGACGAACAUCGACUACAUACAUCACCGCACGGCCCGCCGAAUCGGCCUCAUGAUCGGCGUCGUCUGGCUCGUCUCGUUCCUCGUCUGUAUCGCGCCCCUACUGGGCUGGAAGGAUCCCAAGUGGGAGCAGCGCGUCGUCGUGGAGAAGGCCUGCCUCGUCAGCCAGGACAUGUAUUAUCAGAUAUUCGCCACCGUGUCGUCGUUCUACCUGCCGCUGCUCGUCAUACUCAUACUCUACUGGCGGAUAUUCCAGACCGCCCGCAAGCGCAUACGCAAGCGAGUGGGCCAGUCGACCGAUGCACAACAAACUCGGCCGAUGGGAGGUGGCCCGAGCACGGCGACGACGACGAACCUGAUGCAGAUGCCGAAGCAGAUGGGCAGCAGCCACGCGGUCGGCGGCGCCCUGGCCCAGGCGCAGACCAGCGGCGGCAUAGCGGCGGCCGUGGUGGCCGUGAUAGGCAGGCCUCUGCCCACCAUUUCCGCCGAGACCACGACGACGGUCUUCACGAACGUCUCGUCGAACAACACGUCGCCGGAGCGCACGUCCUAUCAUCAUCAUCAUCAUAAUCAGGCGGACCAGCAGCUGCAGCCGGACAUGUCGUCGACGCAGCUGGACGCGUCGUCGCCCGGAGGGCGGCCCUACGGCGCGACCUCGACCACGACGCAGGCCCGUCGCAAAAAGAUCGCCGCCGACUCGAGGCGCGAGCGCAAAGCCGCCAAGACCCUGUUCAUCAUCACCGGGGCAUUCGUCGUCUGCUGGAUGCCCUUCUUCACGAUCGCCCUGCUGCUGCCCAUCUGCCAGGAUUGCGACAUCAACGCCCUGCUCUUCGCCUUCUUUCAGUGGCUCGGGUAUCUGAACUCGACCCUGAAUCCGGCCAUCUACACGGUCUUCUCGCCGGAGUUUCGCAACGCCUUCAAGAAGCUGCUCUGCAGGCACCGGAGACGCAGACGCGCGGUCAAUCGCAGGCAGGGGGUCGUGGUGCGUCAUUACAUCUGAUCUGUGUGUGUGUCUGUGUGUUGGUGCAAGUGCACACACAUAUACACUGUACGAACCCGCUUAUUACGUGUGUAUACGGCGCGCAUGAUAAUCAUCGUCAAACGAGUGUGUGUCUAGGUGCAGAGGCAUACAUAUAUAUAUCUGAUCGAGACAUGAUAUUUGCACGCAUACAUAUAUACAGGACCAACGAGCAAGAGAC